GUAUGCGUGUGUGUGUGUGUGUGAAUCGGUGAGUGAAAAUUCAUAUUAGAAAAAAAAAAAACGGCAGGCAGCAUCAGCGACAAUGCAAAAUGGAGCAGGACAAAUGACAAAAGCGCAACGCAGUUGAAGAAAAAGCAGCAGUGAUAAAACAAUACAUACAAACACAUACACACACACACACGCAUACACAAGCAAAGCUGGAACUGGUGCGAAGACUGCUCCAAAAUAGCGACAGUUAAUCAUUGAUAGCAGCAGGCAGCGACGCAGGACGUACAAUGGUAACAAUGAAUUCGGAAGCGGACAAAACGCAAGCAACCAAUGCGCUCGCCAUGAGCAGCAACGCGUCCAAGACGACGCCAGCAGCAAGCGUAAGCAAUGCAGUGACAGCGCAGCCUUUGCCCAACGGCAACAACAAUGCAGCAGCUGAAGAAACUGAAUCCGAAGCAGCAGCAGCAGCAGCAGCGACGCCUGAAGUGGCAGCAGAGCCAGCAACAGACAAUGCAAAUGCGAAUUCAACAACAGCAGCAGCAGCAGCAGCAACUAUUAGUGAAGUCAGCGCAACAACAACAACAAUAGCAACAGUAAAUGUUACUAGCAGCAAUUGCACAAACAGCAGCAGCAGCAGCUCUGUUUUGGCUGCUGCCACGCCGCCGCCCAACAGCAAAUCCGUUAGCAUACGCGAUGCCAGCACGCCCAGCGGCAGUGGCAGCGCUGCCGCAGCGCCCAGAUCAAAUGCGCUGUUGACUGUUAGCAGCAAUCAUCAUCAUCACCACCAGCCAAAGCAACAGCAGCAGCAGCAGCAGGAGCAACAAGCGGCGCCAGCGUCGCAGCCACCAACGCAGCAGCAGCAACAACAUCAUCAUCAGCAGCAGCGCAGCGGCAAGAACGAGGAUGCACCCAAUAUACUAGUCUACAAAAAGAUGGAAGCUAUAAUAGAAAAAAUGCAGGCAGAGUCCACGGGCGUUGCUGUGCGCACGGUCAAGGCUUUCAUGAGCAAGGUGCCAUCGGUUUUUACUGGCGCCGAUCUGGUUGCUUGGAUACUUAAGAACUUCGAUGUGGAGGAUGUGACGGAGGCUUUGCAUUUUGCGCAUUUGUUGAGCUCACAUGGCUACAUCUUUCCCAUAGAUGAUCAUGCGCUGACUGUGAAGAACGAUGGAACAUUUUACAGAUUUCAAACUCCCUACUUCUGGCCAUCGAACUGCUGGGAGCCAGAGAACACGGACUAUGCGGUUUACCUUUGCAAGCGCACAAUGCAGAACAAGACGCGUCUGGAGCUGGCCGACUAUGAAGCCGAAAAUCUUGCCAAGCUGCAGAAGAUGUUCUCACGCAAGUGGGAGUUCAUCUUUAUGCAGGCUGAGUCGCAGAGCAAGGUGGCCAAGAAGCGUGACAAGCUGGAGCGCAAGGUGCUGGACUCACAGGAGCGCGCCUUUUGGGAUGUGCAUCGUCCAAUGCCGGGCUGCGUCAAUACCACCGAAAUAGACAUCAAGAAGGCGUAUCGUCGCGGCGGCUCCAGUCAUGGCACUGGCUCCUCGGGCGCCUCUGUGGCCAAGAAUCCAGUGGAGCAGCUAACGCGCAUUAUAGCGCUGCGCAAGCAAAAGCUCGAGCGCCGCACAAUCAAAGUGUCCAAGGCGGCUGAAGCGCUGGUUGCUUACUAUGAUCAGUACAAUGAGUUUGAUUACUUUAUAACCUCGCCGGAGCUGCCAAAUCCUUGGCAAACGGACAGCACUGAAAUGUGGGAUACCGAAAAGAAUAGCAAAGAAGUUCCUGUGCGUCGCGUAAAGCGUUGGGCCUUCAGUCUGCGAGAGCUGCUCAACGAUGCCAUUGGACGUGAUCAAUUUACCAAGUUUCUGGAGAAGGAGUACAGCGGCGAGAAUCUCAAGUUCUGGGAAUCAGUGCAGGAAAUGAAGGCGCUGCCGCAGUCCGAGAUCAAGGAGGCUAUACAAAAGAUAUGGCAGGAGUUUUUAGCGCCCGAUGCACCAUGUCCGGUCAAUGUGGACUCAAAGUCCGUGGAGCUGGCACGCGAGGCUGUCAACUCGCCAAGCGGACCCAAUCGCUGGUGCUUCGAUGUCGCCGCCUCGCAUGUUUAUCACCUGAUGAAAAGCGAUUCCUAUUCGCGCUAUCUACGCUCCGAUAUGUACAAGGAUUACGUCAACUGUUCGCGCAAGAAGAUCAAGUCCAUACCCAAUCUGUUUGGCGUCAAGCGUUGAGCUGCUGAACUGGCUGCGUGUGUAAAUUGUUUACUGUUAUCCUAUAUUGUUACAUACAUGCAUACUUCAAGUCAAGUCUCACAAUCAGUAGUAGUAUCCAAGACUUUCCCAAUCAAUCAAUCACUAUCAGACUUCAAAUCUCAGACUCCAACGAAUCGUAACGUAAACACCAUUUAUAACUGCCAAGUGCUACUCGAAUAACCGAAAUAGUUAUUAUAGCAAAACUCAAAGCAAUUAGCAAAGACGUUUAAUAGUAUUACAUAUAUACAAUGCAUAUACACAUAGUAGUAUAUAUAUAUAUAUAUAUCCCUCUUGCAUAUAUAUAUAUAUAUAUAGCCAUAGUCAAAGUCUAACACCAAUUUACCAAAGUCAAGUUCAAGCUGUAACCGAAACCAAGAAGAACUACAACUAUAGCUAAUAAACAAGUAAGUACUUAGUGAACUAUUAAGAGUAUAUAGAACAAAUUGACAUAACCUAAGCCUAUACAACAAAACUUAUCAUAUAUAUAUAUUAUUAUAUACUAAACUAUACCUAUAUGUAGCUAUAGCGUAUGUUUCAAAUAUUACCAAAAAAAAAAACAACAAAACAAACGAACAAUCGAAUCAAUCAAGCGCAACAACUAACGUGAGUGUCCCAUAGGUACUCGUUAAAUCAUACUCGCCAAUUGUGAACUCGUCUAUUGCUAAACUCGUCACUCGUUAAUAGUUAAUAGUUUUAUUUUUUAUACUACACCGAGACGUUUCUUGCCUACUCGUUACUAGUUACAAUAGACCCAUCAAAACACUCGCCAGCAAACCAGAAAAACUACAGAGAGUAAAUUAAAUAGAUCAAAGCUUACCCCAAUUAUCCAAUUCAAGGCUUGUUUUAAACUAUAUUUUCACACUCACUCACAUAUCGCACAAAAUGAGAAAAAGUUUAACAUAAACGCAACAAAAAAAAAAAAAGAAGCAGCAGAGUUCAACUAUUAAAUGUAUUAACAAAAAAUAAGAAAAUUAGAUUUUUUUUAUGUGUGCCUCGUAUGUUGUAUCGCUGUUUAUAUGUAAAUACUUAUGCAUAUGUAUAUAUGUACGAGUAUAAUUAAUGCAGACUGUAUGUGUGUAGAUUUAAGUAAUGGAGCUUAGUGAAAAAAGAAUUACAAAAACUUGAGUUAAAUAGAAGAGCUUUACUGAAAAGAACGAAUGAGUGAGCGAAAGCGAGAGAGAGAUAGUCACGAGAGCAAACAAAAAGAGAGACUGAGGCACGUUACAUUAAAGAGAGCAAAACCUAUGUAGGGAGCGUAGAUAAGAGAGAAUUCUAAUUGAUUGUAUUCAUUUAUUUUUUCAUAUAUACAUACCUGAAGCGUAGCUGAGCUACUUUACAAACAUACAAACAAACAAUCAGAACAAAUUGACUAAAGCUACAAAGAAAACGAUCUCAGCUGGUAAAGGCAUCCCUCGUUAUAGGCGCUCCAUUGCUUAAAGCUACACACAUGCAUGAAAAUCAAAAGUAAAACGCAUACAUAUACAUAUAUAUAUAUAUACAAACAUAAUGUAAUAUUUAUUAUAUAAGAUAUUAAAGCAAAACUCAAACUAAAGCGCUGUAGAGCUCUUAGCCUUUAGUUAUAGCUUAAGCACAUAAAAAAAGAAAAAAUGCAAAAAAAAAAAAAAACAAAGCAAACCUCUUUGUGCAUGUAACUUUAUUGUAAUUGUAUAUGUGAAUUGUGUCUAAUUUUAAAGCAAAUUACUAGCAACAAAACCAAAUUGUAAACGCGGCUAAUUCAUUAUUAUUAUUAAU